AUGACAACCAACAAGAGACAGAACGAUGCGUCCAUCUCGGAUGGGAUUGCUCCCAAACGCAUUCGCGGCGGGGGUGGGGUGGAUGCUAUGAAUUUUGUCGGAGAUGAAAUGAUUGAUGAAGACUUUAUUGAGAUGAUCGAGGAGCAGAAUCCAGAAGAUUUUAUCCCUGAUGAUGUGGAAGAUUUUGACGAUGGCGACUCUGUCAUUGCCGCCUCCCGAUCCAAGUGGCUGCGUCCUCCCUUGGAAUCCAGACUCACCAAUGAAAAUGAUCUGAAUGUCCAGUGGCUCGACAUUGACAUGGUGGCGGGUCCACCACUCAAGAGAAACCCCAAUCGAAAAAAGAGUGUUGUGGCUGGCAACACCAACGGACAACAAGUCCCCAUCAUUCGUGUCUACGGUGUCAACGAACAGGGACAUAGCAUUACUAUGUUUAUUCAUGGAUUCACUCCCUAUGCCUACUUUGCAUUGCCUCAACAAUUUCCCGCCAAGGCAUUUACAGAAAAAGUCAAGAAAGAUAUUCGUCGAUUGUUGGACGGCCGUCUUCGCAAUGCCCAGCGGAGCAAUCAUGGCAAGCUCAAUGAGUAUGUGUUGGCCGUGCAAUAUGUCGGGGAUCACCGGUCCAUUAUGGGAUAUGAAACAUCCCACACGCAAUUUCUAAAAGUGCAUUUGGCCAUGCCCACGCUGGUACCAACCUUGAAACGCAUUGUGGAGGGCGGAAUUGAUUUGGGAAUUCCAGGAUUCACGGGCGAGAUCCCACUGGCAGCUUUUGAAUGUAAUGUCCCUUUUGUCUUGCGCUACAUGAUUGACAUGGAUAUUACUGGGGCAGGAUGGUUGACAUUGCCUCAGGAAACCUACAAAGUCCGAUCCAAAAACGAAAAACAAACCCAUUGUCAGAUUGAAGUGGAUAUCACCUACGAUGACGUUGUCGCGAGGAAGUCAGAAGGGGAGUGGAACAAAAUCGCUCCCAUUCGCAUCCUUUCUGUGGAUAUUGAAUGUCAGGGGCGCAAAGGGCACUUCCCGGAAGCGGAGAAAGAUCCUGUCAUUCAAAUCGCCAACACGGUGACCGUCUAUGGAGAAAAGGAACCGACGAUCCAAAAUGUUUUCACGUUGAAAGGAUGUCUGCCCAUUGUAGGAGCCCAGGUCAUAUCCAGCGACAAGGAGGAGGAUAUGCUCAUGAAGUGGCGUGCAUUUCUGGAGUGUUCUGAUCCAGAUAUCAUUACAGGAUACAACGUGCAAAAUUUCGAUAUCCCUUACUUGUUGGAUCGCGCCACAGCCUUGGCCAAGGGGAGCAGUCAAUCCAAAACCAAAUUGGCGAACUUUAGUCUGUGGGGGCGCGUCAAGAACUCCAGAGCCAAGAUGAGAGAUACCAUGUUUCAAUCUUCUGCAUACGGGCGUCGAUCCAAUGUGGAAACAACAAUUGAUGGGCGUGUCAUCUUUGACAUGCUCCCCUACAUGCAGCGAAAUCACAAGUUGAGUUCCUACACCCUCAACAGUGUCUGCUCCGAGUUCUUGGGACAGCAAAAGGAAGAUGUUCAUCAUUCCAUUAUCUCCGAUUUGCAGAAUGGAUCCGACGAGGAUCGCCAUCGUCUAGCAGUCUACUGUUUGAAGGAUGCACUGUUGCCCCAGCGGCUCAUGGACAAAUUGAGUUGUCUUGUGAACUACAUUGAAAUGGCACGUGUGACCGGUGUCCCCGUGUCGUUUCUCAUCUCGCGUGGACAACAAAUCAAAGUCUUCUCGAUGAUUCUGCGCAAAUGUCAAGACGAGAAGUUGCUCGUGCCUACACUGGCCAAGCAGGGAUCUGCCGGAGGUGAUGUCGGAUACGAAGGAGCAACCGUUUUGGACCCCAUCAAGAAGUAUUACACCGACCCUAUUGCUACUCUGGAUUUUGCCUCUCUGUACCCAUCUAUUAUGCAGGCUUGGAACCUGUGUUACUCGACUCUGGUGAGCCCCACGGACGUGAAUCGGGUGAAUCCUGACAAGUACAAAAAGAGUGAAAACGGGCACUGCUUCGUACAUUCCAACGUGAAGAAGGGCAUCUUGCCGACGAUUCUCGAGGAGCUCCUGACUGCACGUAAGAGGGCCAAGAGAGAUAUGAAGCUCGCACCAACCGAGUUUGAACGAGCUGUUCAGAAUGGUCGACAGCUUGCCUUGAAAGUCUCCGCCAACUCUGUGUAUGGCUUUACGGGGGCCAUCGUUGGUCAUUUGCCGUGUCUUCCCAUUGCUUCUUCUGUCACGUCCUAUGGACGGUACUUGUUGGAAAAGACAAAGGAGUUCGUGGAGGACAAGUACACCAUCGCGAACGGAUAUGAACACAAUGCUCAAGUAAUCUACGGAGACACAGACUCUGUGAUGGUCAAGUUUGGGACCAGCGAUUUGAAAGAGGCGUUUCGAUUGGCAGAAGAGGCUGCCUCGAAAGCGUCCAAGAUCUUUCCCAGUCCCAUUCUGCUGGAAUUUGAAAAGGUGUACUAUCCCUAUUUGCUGAUGAACAAGAAGCGUUACGCUGGUCUCAUGUGGACCCAAGAGGACAAGUACGACAAGAUGGAUACGAAGGGACUUGAAACCGUGCGCCGUGACAAUUGUGCUCUGGUCCGAGACAUCAUCCAGACGUCGUUGAACAAGAUCCUCAUCGACAGGAACGUUCGUGGCGCCAUUGACUAUGUCAAGUCUCAGAUUUCCAACCUUUUGCAGAACAAGAUGGACAUUUCUCAGUUGGUGAUUACGAAGAGUCUCAACAAGGGUGCCGAGUACGCGCUUGGUCUACCUGGAGGCAAGAAGGACGACUACAAGGUGAAACAAGCCCAUGUGGAGCUUGCCGCUAGGAUGCGCAAGCGGGAUGCUGGGUCGGCACCUCAGAUGGGUGACCGUGUGCCUUAUGUCAUCAUUACAGGAGCCAAGGGCGCUGCCAACUUUGAAAAGGCCGAGGACCCAGUCUAUGUGUUGGAGAAUAACCUCCCCAUUGAUUGCAAGUGGUACCUUACCAAUCAGCUGUCCAAGCCGCUCACUCGCAUCUUCGAACCCAUCAUUGAAAACGUUGACAAGAACUUGCUGCAGGGAGACCACACUCGCAAGAUCUUUAUUCCUACCCCCAGUGCCAGGAAGGGCAGUUUGAUGAUGUUUGCUGUCAAGGCCACUACUUGUAUUGGGUGCAAGGCUCCUGUGGAUGCCAGCAAAGGUUUUUUGUGCAAGCAUUGCGUUCCCAAAGAAGCGGAGAUCUACCUGAGCAAACUGGCAGUGAUGCGCGAAGCCGAGCUUCGGUACAAUGAUUUGUGGGCUACAGCCCAAAAGAUUCAUGGAACUGUACACUCGGAUAUCAUGUGCACCGGAGAUGGUUGUGCCUGCCAGUUCUAUCGCCGUAAGAAAGUGCAAACAGAUAUCAAGCUUGCCCAGCAAGUGCUUGAUAAGUUUGGUCGCUAG